CAACUCUCAAUUUCUAUCUCGCAUGGUCGGUACGCAAGUAGUCGGAUUUUUUACUAUCAUUCAAUCAUUGAUGAAUCGGCAACUUUUAGCAUAGAUGGUCUGUCUCAGCCUCUAGAUUGAAAAAUUGGUAGUUAAUCUUCGCAGUGAGGAGUGCUCUGGAUUAGGUAUCUGCUCUGGAUUAGGUAUCUGUCAGUGACUGCUAUUGGAGCAAAGCAAAAUCCUUGAUAACAUGCUGAGUCUUUGUCUUAAAUCAUCUAAAGUUUGCUCAUCAGCUGAAAUGGUAGGAGACAAUGAAGAUCUCCUUAGAGAAAUUCUUUUACGUGUGCCAGCUCAACCUCUGGUUCGCUUCAAAUGUGUCUCCAAAUAUUGGCUCUCUUUUAUCUCCAACCCCAUAUUCUGUGACGCCCACACGCGCCGUAACGCAAACCCCAAGGUCUCGGGUUUCUUCUAUAACGAAACUACAUCAAACCCUGGUUUAAAGUUCAUCUCUCUUUGUAACAAGGAAAACAACCCGUCUGGCUCGAAAGCUCUCAGGUUCGUCGUCCCGGACUCGACAAAUGUGAAGAUUUUGCACUCCUGCAAUGGCUUGCUCUUGUGCUCUAUUAAUGGACAAAAAAUUGCAACUGGAACAUAUCCAAUCCGAAAAUAUUGUGUCAUCAAUCCUACAACAAGCCAGAUUAAGCAACUACCUCGUGCAUAUGCUCCUAAAAGAUCUAAAUGGACUCAUCUUAUUGGUGCUGCUUUGGCUAUUGACCCUUCUAAGUCGCCUCAUUAAAAGGUUGUGUGCGUGAUUAGCUAUUCAACAUUUAUUCAAGCUAUGUUAUAUUCAUCAGAGACUCAAAAAUGGAAGAUUCAAGGGUCUGCUAGAAGUUCAUGGCCAGCUGACCUCGACUACAAACAUGGUGUUUACUGCAACGGCGGAAUCCAUUGGAUACGUGACAGAGAUGAUCAAUUGUCACGCUAUGACAUAGAUAAAGACUUCCCUAGAUUGGUGUCUAAUCCUUCUGGUCACGGUUUGAUGCAUGAAAGGAAGUUCAGAUAUUUUGGGGAGUCUCGUGGCCAUUUGCAGCUUAUUGAUAUUUAUAAAUCAUGUGUUACUGAAUUUGAUGUCAUGGAGAUGGGAAAGGACGACUCUGGCUGGUUUGUCAAGUACCAUGUUGAUCUUAAUCCCAUAGGCACUGUGUUUCCUGAGGUGGUAUGCGACCAUCUUCACCUUGCUAUCUAUGACUGUUAUUCAUGCUGUGUUCUGUUUCUAG